AUGGCCUCGGUGGCGGACCGGGCCGAUGGUGACGCCUCGCUCCAGGUCUUUGUGCUGGCCUUGGCGGGCCUUGCGGCCGCGGUCGUUUACUUUUGGCCCCUGGUCCGGUGGCAAAGAGACCGACAGAAGCGUGGUCUAGAGGAGGCGGCGGCCCUCCAAAAAGCGCGCCUCGCAAAGUUCUGCCCGGCCAAGCCGCCGUCUCCGGCGCGUCUGCCCAGGCCUUCGAAGCCCGUGGCCGCUGUCCCGCCCACUGGCGAGGAGUCAGCAAAGAGCCCACAAAGCCCGGGCGCGACGCCUCUCAGAGCCUUUCCGGAGGGCUUCCAGGAGGAGUCGGCUUCCGAUGGAGGCCCCAAGUAUGCGAGCGAGGAAGCUGAGCUGACCCCACCUGGUCGCAGCCAGGCGGGGUUUAGAGUUUAG